AUGGCAAGCAUCAAGGAAACCGUCAAGGAGACGCUCGUCGGCAGCACCGAGGCGCCGCAGUUGUCGCACCAAGCCCGAUCCAACUUCCUGCGUCAUUCGCAGAAGGACGAGCAUGGGGAGGCUUUCAUGAACGAGAACGACUUCAUCAAUGCCGUCGCCCCUAAGCAAGAGGACUAUCACAAAAUCAAGCGCGAGCAGUAUGGAAUCCUGUUCCGCGUCGCUGACCGUCGGAGAACGGGCAAGCUGACCCUGUCCGACUGGGCUACCUUCGAGAACCUCCUUGCGAAGCCCGACGCUGAGUACGAGAUCGCCUUCCGUCUGUUCGACCUGGAGGGAAACGGGACCGUCACUUUUGACGCCGUCCAAGGGCUGUACAACAAGAACAAGGCCCCAGAUAGCAUCCCAUUCGACUGGAAUUCCGAAUGGGCGUCCCUGUACACCGGACGGACCAAGUCCCGCCACGAUAUGACAUACCCGCAAUUCUCCCAGAUGCUGCGUGGCCUGCAAGGCGAGCGCAUUCGCCAGGCAUUCCACAUUUUCGACAAGGAUGGCGAUGGGUACAUCGAGCCGGAGGACUUCCAGCGCAUCAUCCUGGAGACCUCAAAGCACAAGCUGUCGGACCAUGUCCUCGAGCACCUCCCUUCGCUCUGCAACAUUUCCACAAGCAACAAGAUCUCAUACGCCAAUGUCCGGGCCUUCCAAAACAUUAUGCGUGAGAUGGACAUCAUUGAUCUGAUUGUCCGCGAGGCCACCAAGAAGAGCACCGACGGCAAGAUCACUCGUUCAGACUUCUUGAACGAGGCCGCUCGCGUGACGCGUUUCUCCCUCUUCACCCCCAUGGAGGCUGACAUCCUCUUCCACUUUGCCGGUCUCGACGCCCCAUCCGGACGCCUGUCACAGAAGGAUUUCGCAAAGGUCAUCGAUGCCUCAUGGCGCGUUCCUGUUGCUCUUGCUGGCCAGGCUGCUGCCGACGCCGCGGCCAAGACCACCUCCUUGCUGCACAGUGUUCUUGAAUCGGCACAUCACUUCGCUCUGGGUAGUAUUGCUGGUGCUUUCGGUGCUUUCAUGGUGUACCCCAUUGAUUUGGUCAAGACUCGUUUGCAAAACCAACGGUCCACUCGUCCCGGUGAGCGGCUGUACAACAACUCGCUUGAUUGCGCCAGGAAGGUUAUCCGUAACGAGGGUUUCACCGGCCUGUACUCUGGUGUUAUUCCCCAGUUGAUUGGUGUUGCUCCCGAGAAGGCUAUCAAACUGACUGUCAACGACCUGGUCCGUGGUUAUUUCACCGACAAGGAUAGCAAGCGGAUCAAGUGGUCUGCUGAAGUCCUGUCCGGUGGUACCGCUGGUGCCUGUCAAGUGGUCUUCACCAACCCUCUGGAGAUUGUCAAGAUUCGCCUGCAGGUCCAGGGUGAGAUCGCUAAAAACGUAGAGGGUGCUCCCCGCCGCUCAGCGCUCUGGAUUGUGAAGAAUCUGGGUUUGGUCGGUUUGUACAAGGGUGCCAGUGCCUGUCUCCUGCGCGAUGUUCCCUUCUCCGCCAUCUACUUCCCCACAUACGCUCAUCUGAAGAGCGAUUUCUUCGGCGAAACCGCCACCAACAAGCUCGGUGUUGUCCAGCUUUUGACAGCCGGUGCCAUCGCCGGUAUGCCCGCUGCCUACCUGACCACACCCUGCGACGUGAUCAAAACCCGUCUGCAAGUCGAAGCCCGCAAAGGUGAGACCGGGUACACCGGUCUCCGUCACUGUGCGCAGACGGUGUGGAAGGAGGAGGGUCUCAAGGCCUUCUUCAAGGGCGGCCCCGCCCGAAUCAUGCGCUCGUCGCCGCAGUUCGGUUUCACCCUGGCCGCCUACGAAGUCCUCCAGAAGGCGCUGCCUCUGCCUGGAUCUGAAGAGGCCCUGACCCCCAGCGGCCAGGUCGAGCCCGGUGUCGGCCUGCAGGGCGCCAAGGCUCCCCUCCCUUAUCUGCGAUCAAGGAACGCUCUGAAGCUCAUCCUGGACCUGGAUCAGAAUAUCGGCCGAGUGCCGGUUCCUCAUCCUGAGAACUGGCCCAAGAUCAUUCAAACACCAAAGCAGUGA